AUGAUUGAAAUCUGUUGUAGAGAUGCAGAUUUAUGUGAUGGAAAUCAAACGUGGUCAAUGGCUAUGUUAAAUCGAUCAGUCGUCUCCGACUUCAAAAUCAGCGCCGAUAUCGAUGCACAAGGGAAACUAUUCUUCUUUGUUGGAGCUCCUUAUAAGGAGCUUGUAUGGUUUUCUGGUUCGAAUCAAGAGCAAGCGUUUACUUUGCCAGUGGAUCGACCAAUUUUCGUGGUUCUUUGGUACAAAGGGAAUAGUUCAGCUUUGAAAAACCGAAGAGGAUUCAGUGUAGCGUACUCUACGAGAGAAUCGGAGUACAACAGUUCCCCACAUUACCGACGGCGUCUUGCACCCGCUCUGCGGAGAAAACACAUCAUUGUGAUCUUUGGGUUGCUGUUACAUUCUGUUAUCUUUAUCUCCUGUUGA